CGGUGAUUCAGGAAUUUUGUUCGUUCUCCUUUAAUAUAGCGUUUUGAAUCAAUUUUUCCUCAAAAGAUUUCUACCAUUUGUAGGGAGUAGUCAUCAUUGUUUAACGCCAUAUUAUUAAAUACGUUGUUCCUACCCUAGAAUAAGUUUUAUUAUAUUCUAGCGAACUUAAGGUUAACCAUGAGAGGCUUAGUAGUACUGCUGUGUGUGGUGGCCGCGGCCAGUGCCGUAUCCUUCUUCGAUCUGGUGAAAGAGGAGUGGAAUGCAUUUAAGAUGGAGCAUCAGAAACAGUACGACAGCGAAGUAGAGGAUAAGUUUAGAAUGAAGAUAUAUGCAGAGAACAAGCACAAGAUAGCCAAGCAUAAUCAGAAGUUUGCACGCGGUCAGGUGUCGUUCAAAUUGAAGCAAAAUAAGUAUGGAGACAUGUUGCACCACGAGUUCGUACACACUAUGAACGGAUUCAAUAAGACAACUAAAAACGGCAAGGGUCUGUUCGGCAAGAGCGCGGGUGAGCGCGGCGCUGUCUUCAUCCCGCCGGCAAACGUACGCAUUCCCGACCACGUGGACUGGCGUAAACAAGGCGCAGUCACAGAGAUUAAGGAUCAGGGCAAAUGCGGCUCAUGCUGGUCCUUCAGUGCGACUGGAGCAUUGGAAGGUCAACACUACCGCAGGACCAACAUCUUGGUCUCUCUCUCGGAGCAGAACCUGAUCGACUGUUCCGCGGCGUAUGGUAACAACGGCUGCAAUGGCGGUCUCAUGGACAAUGCUUUCAAGUACAUCAAAGACAACAGAGGUAUUGACACUGAGAAGAGCUACCCCUAUGAAGGCAUUGAUGAUAAAUGCAGAUACAACCCAAAGAAUGCUGGUGCUGAUGAUGUUGGCUUCAUCGACAUCCCAUCUGGUGAUGAAGGCAAGCUGAUGGCUGCGGUGGCCACAGUGGGCCCCGUCUCUGUCGCCAUUGACGCCUCACAGGAGUCCUUCCAGUUCUACUCCGACGGAGUAUACUUUGACGAGAACUGCUCCUCGUCUUCUCUCGAUCAUGGCGUGCUGGUGGUUGGCUACGGCACUGAUGAAGAUGGUGGUGACUACUGGCUGGUGAAGAACUCGUGGGGUCGCUCCUGGGGCGACCUCGGAUACAUCAAGAUGGCGCGCAACCGCCAAAACCACUGCGGUAUCGCCACCGCAGCAUCCUACCCUCUAGUUUAAUGACCCCACAACACCCGACCCCCACUAUCCCCCUACCACACCAACCCCAAAUCAUACAAAUUGACAUUCAAAGGGAAAGUCAAUAAUUUUUAUUAUGUCACUUUCUUGUCUUGUCAUCUCGAGAACCAUUUUGACUUUGCGUCCUAUUUAUCCAAUAUUUCUAUGUUACGAUAUAAUUUUCAAAUGUGGGCAUAAUCGUGCCCACUGUAUACAAAU